CUCCAACAGCAGCAGCAGCGAUGACCGCCCAGACAGCUGGAAUGCCACCGCCCUGGGCCAUCCCCGCCCUACAAUGGCUCCUCGUACAGCUCGUGACAGGCCUGACGAUCGCCCUGGCACCCGCGCACUCCCCCGCGCGGCCCAUCGCCGCAGUCGCAGUCGUCGCCCUCGCAGCCUCCGUCCAGCAGCAUGCGAUACAACAAGCCUUCGCGGGGGUCCGCGUAGGAGGCCCCAUCGUCGCCAUGUGCUGGGUGAAUGUUCUCAACGCGUUCGAUCUACUGCUUCUGAGCCGCGCGUCGUACGACGCGCAGGUCGCAUGGGAGGCGAAAAAGACCCGCGAGAAGACGACGCACAAGUCCUUAUUCCGUCGUGUCGUCUGGGGCGUUAACACCGUGUUUAAUUAUCGUCGGAUUGAUACGCCUUGGCAGAUUGAUCAGUUGCCGGCUUUUGAUGACUCCGAUCCUGACUAUGUGCCUACUCGGCUGCGGUAUGUGGGUCUCGCUGCUGCGAAGGUUGUUUUUGCGCUGGUGGCUGUGCAUAUGUUUACGGUUGAGGCGGAUGAGAUGUAUGUUGCGGAUGCCGUGGUGAUGUUGCCGACAGAUGUGAGAACGGUACUGGUGCCGGGUCGGGGUGAGGGGGCGGCGAGGCGCGUUCUGGUGCAGAGUUUGUUCACCGUGUCGUUUGGGGUUAUCUGCAGAGCGGCUAUUCUUGCUGGGUAUUCUUCUUAUGCGAUGCUGGUCGUUGCGCUGGGGUUCUAUGAGCCGGUUGAGUGGCCGCCGAUUGCGGGUUCAUUGACGGAUGCGUGGACGCUGAGACGGCUGUGGUCGAGGUCAUGGCACCAAAUAUUCCGCCAAACAGUGGUCUCAAACGGCAACUUCAUCGCCUCAACCCUGGGUAUACCGUCAUCGUCAGCAUGGGUGUGCUACAUGCGUCUUGCAUUUGCGUUCGCCGUCUCCGGACUCGUACACCUCGGUAUGGAUCUCGCGUUCGGUGUACCGCUUGCGCAGAGUGGCGCGAUGUAUUUCUUUAUGUUGCAGGCCGCGGGAAUCGUCGUGGAGAAUGUAUCCCAGCAUGUCUUCCGCGACACAAUUAACAAGAUGAGUCCCGGUUGGCGUCAAGGGAUUGGGUACACGUGGGUGAUAGUGUUCCUGUUGUGGACGACGCCGGUUUGGUUGAACCCGUUGGUACAUCAGUUGCAUCGAGAAGGGGUGCGGGCGUUUUCUCCGUUUUUGUGCCUUGGGAGUGGCAGUUGGGUGUUGUAGUGUCAGUUAUUAGAUUUGCAUAUUGCGUAUGAGAGGGCGUU